AUCGUCGGUGCGGGAUUAGGUGGAUUGGCCGCCGCGAUCUCGAUCCUUGAGAAUGGACACAAGGUCACUAUCCUCGAGCAGGCCCCCGCGAUUGGGGAGAUUGGUGCGGGUAUCCAGGUUCCUCCGAAUGCGUCCCGAUUGCUCCAGCACUGGGGCUUGGACGAGAGGAUGAACGCCGUGUCGACUUUGCCGCAGACUUGUACCAUGCGCCGGUUCGCGGAUGGUUCGGUGUUGAAUGUCGCACCGUUGUACCCUUCUUUCGUGGAGAGGUUCGGAGCGCCGUAUUACCACGUUCACCGUGCGGAUUAUCACAAGUUGUUGCUUGAUGCGUGUGUCGAGUUGGGUGCGGAGUUGGUCACGGGAGCGUUUGUCACAAAGGUCGAUUUCGAGAAUGGAAAGUGCUAUACGGCUGCGCGCCUGGAUGAGCCUUAUGAGGCCGAUUUGAUCAUUGGUGCGGAUGGUGUUAAUUCGAAGACGAGGGAGUGUUUGUUGGGUCCGGAUCCGCCUACGCCUACUGGUGAUUUGGCGUACAGGCUUAUUGUCCCCGCGGACAAGAUGAAGGAUAUCCCCGAACUCGCCGAAUUCGUCAACGCCCCCGCUAUCAACUUCUGGCUCGGACCUGAUUGCCAUGUCGUCGGGUACCUCCUCCGCGGUGGAGGUUUGUACAACAUCGUCCUUUUGUGUCCCGAUACGUUGUCCGAUCCGAAUGCGAAGACGGAAAAGGGCGAUGCGGCGGAGAUGUUGAGUUUGUUUGAGCAGUGGGAUCCGAAGUUGACGAGGAUGUUGAAGUUGGAUACGAGUCCUACGGUGGUGAAGUGGAAGUUGAUGAACCGCGAGGAAGCGCCAAAGUGGGUGCACGAAGGCGGACGGUUCGCGUUGUUGGGUGACGCUAUCCACCCCACCCUCCCAUACCUCGCCUCCGGUGCAGCUAUCGCUGUCGAGGAUGGUGUCGCGCUCGGUGAACUCCUCGGCCGUGUCCGGUCCGUGGAAGAGUUGCCUACCGCCCUCGCCAUCUACGAGCGUCUCCGCAAGCCUCGGACGACGCGUGUGGUCCAGGGAUCUACUAACCAGCGCACGCUCUUCCACAUGCACGAUGGUGCUGAGCAGGUGAAGAGAGAUGAGAAGAUGAAGGCGAUGGAGGCCGGUGUUGGUGGUAGUUUGAAUCCCUUUGAGGGUGAUCCGAACAGGUGGAGGGAUGGUGUUUGGGGUGAGUGGUUGUAUGGGUAUGACGUUUUGAAGGCGGUUGAGGAGGCAUGG